AUGAAAUUUCCACCUAUAUCAAUCCCAAAGGAAGGAUGGAGACGCACUGGACUUAUGAACCUUAUCUGGUCUACACUUAAUUCAACCACCAUUAUCCUUCAAGGCAACUGUCAAAAAGCGCAUAGAGCUAAUUCAGUACUUCACUUCCUUAUAAGCAUAACAUCCACCCUCAUUCUCGCAUCAUCGCGGUUCUUUAUGCAGGUGUUAAGCUCCCCAUCACGUUUGGAGAUUAACCGCGCCCAUCUACAACUUCGAUCAUUAGAGAUAGGGAUCUCGUCUAUGAAGAAUAUUCCUUUCAUUUCUAGAUAUAAAGCUAUUGGCUGGGCUAUCCUUCUUAUUAGUUCAACCCCUAUCCAUCUACUUUUCAGCAGCUCAGUUUUCGAGACUCGUUUCCAAAAUUCAGACUGGCGCCUAACCGUGGCAUCGGGCUCUUUUAGCACUCAGCAAGUUGCUUUCUUUCCACCCGGAGCUAGUUUGACAAACGCUGGCGCUGAAAGCAUUACCUGGAAUAGUUCCCUUCCAGACCAUACGUGUCAAUACGUGGAGGGUUACGGCGAACAUCAUUACGCAUCUUGCAGACCGAAAAACGAAUACCGGGACGUCGUCAUUGUUGUUGACACCAAGGCUGAUAACCCAGAGGGAUGGACGCGGUCGCAGGUUUUCAGCGAUCCAUCUAACAUUCUAGGGCCAAUCUGGAACCCGCAUAUACCGCGCAACGAUCUCAAUUCCUUGUGGUAUUCUACACAGUGUACCACUAACUUACCCACAGCCAUCGGCUUUCCCGACGACUGGAGAACUGCAAGGUGUAUAAGCACUUGUGGGCGUGUUCUGGGAUUUAAAUCGAUUUCAAUACCGACAAAUGAGACAGCUUUAUCAGAAUCAGAUUGGAUAAUCGAUUUACACAGACCAUCGCCCUGUAGUACCCCUAACGAAAAGAGAUACGGGUACAACGAUAGCUUUAAUAGUUUUCCCGUACGGUAUUGCCUCGCCGAGCCAUCCCCAAUAUCUUCAUGCCAGGUGGGAUUGUCAAAUAUACUGUUGCUUGUCACGACAGGCUGCGUUUUCUUGAAAGCAUUCAUAUGUACGUUGGUGGUUGUUUAUCUCCCACACACAUCAUUAGUUACUCUAGGGGACGCGCUGGAAUCGUUCAUCUCGGACCCGGAUCCGGUUACUAUGGGGCUAGGCACUUUUAAUAUCUAUGAUAGCCAUCGAAUUCAAUUCGGGCAGUUCGCGGAUGCUGAAACCGAGAGUGCGACCAAUCUCAGCGAUACAGCCCGGCCUCGUCUUUGGAACCGCGGUACGAAUAGACUCAUAUCCAUCGUCCCUAAAUGGGCUUGGUCUGGUACCCUGAUACCAAUAGUCUGCUUUAUAUGUAUUGGAGCAUACUAUGCAAAGCUUAUAGUUGUAUUUGAUAGAGUGAGUCUCCAGGGAACUAUAGGGGUAUCCGAGUCACCUUUUUUCAUAAACGGACUUUUGAAAGAGCGGUACCUAGUGGACAAUUAUAAUAAGGACUCCUGGAGCCCUGGUAAUAAAUGGGGUAUUACUGAAGGAACUAUUAUUCUGUUAGGCUUCUGGCCCCUUGGGAUCCUGAUAGCUUUACUCGCGGGCCUAGCUCUGGCGAUUUUCCCAAUUAUAUACGGCAUCCGCAGGCUUCCCGGUGAUAUGGUAUUUGGGGCAUGUGACUCGCUCGUCCUUUCAGCAGCUUGCCACCCCCAUAUCCCAUCCUCAGCAUCCCUUCAAGAUGGUCUUAAUACGCGCGAAAGUCCAGACAGCGAGGGUGAAGAGACGAGCAAAGUUACCAAGUAUGAACCGCUGCGUGAGCUUUCAAGGGGGAAGCUUAGAUGGGGUGUAACAAGACUACCCUCGGGGCUUUCUACUUCUAUUGACCUUGAGCAAAACAUAAUGCACCUGAGCUUUACCAGGGAGGAUGAGUAUAUAUCUAAGCCUGUAGAUAAUUCCUUAUAUGUAUAA